AUAUUUUUUGCGGCGCAACGGUGAAGUUUAAAAACUAGGCGCAACCGCACCUUUUCUUUAUUCAAUUCUGAUACAUCAUCCAAAUCUGGUUUCACAGGUAAAUCACAAUCCCCAGUUCAUGGCAACCAAACCAAAAGUUCUGGAGCUAACUGUUUUGUCCGCGGAGGGUCUCCACGUAAGGGGUAAACCGGCGAACAAGAACGUGUUCACGGUGGUUCGCGCGGAGUCGUUAACGAGCCACACGACGGCGAUGGCAAACGGGAACGAGAACGGGUUCCACACGUGGAACGAGAAGUUCAGGGUGGAGUUGGGGCCGCAAGCGAGGUGCUUGACGAUUGAAGUGAAGUGCAAGACGGAGACCGGAGUGGUGAGAGACAUCGGAGUGGCGAGAAUAGCGGUUUCGGAUUUUCUUGGAGGGUCGGUGCCUGAUCAUAGCUUGCAGUCUUUGUGUUACAGGUUGAGGGAUUGGGAUGGCAGAGAAAACGGAGUCGUUAAUUUCUCCGUCAGGGUGGCGGUGCCGCCGGCUGCUGCUGAGAAUGAUUGUUCGUCGUCUUCUGGUGGAGUUGUUACUGCCAUUCCGGUUUAUUUGAAUAACUCAAUCGACAACUAGCACAAGCAAAAUAAGCAACUAGAUCUAUUGGAAUAGGGUUACUGCUUCGUAUUACUUUUAUUAUUAUUAUUGUUUGGUGAAAAACAAUUUGGUGUACACACAUUGAUGUCGAUUUGAUUUUUUCUAGUCACCCAUGUUGAUUUGACUCUGAAUCAUCAUAUCAUCUCAAAUGAGUUAUUUAAAGUUAAACAGUGCUAUUUAAA